AAUUUCCAUUCACGAGCCAGAGGGGUCGCUUAAUUUACACCAUGCCCAGAGCACAGCAGGAAGGCAACCUCCCCGCAACGUGUCAUUAGAACUCAAGAGAAGUGAGUCAAGAGGCAGCAGCACGACCCGCACGCCCGGCUCAUGACGCGAGACUCACUCGAGAGCGCGUGGUGUCACCGUGGGAACCGGGAGACUGACUGGCGGACAGGGGAGGGGCGCGCGCCGGUGUGUGAGUGGACGCACGCUCGCUCUGGCACAUCGCCGUUCACUCAGAGAAUCAUUCAUUCAGCGCAAUAGAAGAGCGUCAUCAGGCAGCGGAUGGUGCUCGUGCUGAUAGUGAAGAUGAUGAUGAUGGAGGGACAGUGCAGCCGCUGCAAGAUCGUGGUGGUCGGGGACACUCAGUGUGGAAAAACGGCGCUGCUGCAUGUGUUCGCCAAGGACAGCUUCCCAGAGAAUUAUGUGCCCACAGUGUUUGAGAACUACACGGCGAGCUUUGAGAUCGACAAGCACCGCAUCGAGCUGAACAUGUGGGACACAUCAGGGUCCUCGUACUAUGAUAAUGUGCGGCCCCUGGCGUAUCCAGACUGUGAUGCUGUGCUCAUCUGUUUUGAUAUCAGCAGACCGGAGACACUGGACAGCAUCCCUAAGAAGUGGCAGGUGGAGGCUCAAGAGUAUUGUCCUAAUGCAAAGUUGGUGGUGGUUGGAUGUAAGAUGGAUAUGAGAACAGAUGUCAGCACCUUACUGGAACUGUCCAAACAGAGACUCAUACCUGUCACUCAUGAACAGGGGAGCUCACGAGCACGCGAGCUGGGCGCAGUGGCGUACGUGGAAUGUUCGUCCCGAAUGUGCGUGAACAGUGUCCGAGACGUCUUUCACAUCGCCACGCUGGUGUCCGUCAGACGUGAGGCCAUCCCGAGCCUCAAGAGAAGCUCCUCGCGCCACGCUCUCAAGCGCAUAUCUAAUCAGCCUCUACUGCCAGUCAGCUCACAAGCCACGCCCCUUGAACCCACCCCGGCCCUCAGGGAGGACAGAGCCAAGAGCUGCACAAUCAUGUAGACUAAUGCACACACAGUCACAGUGGUGUGUGUGUGCAUGAAUGAAGAGAUCUGCACAAAAAGAGACAGAUUCUCUGUAUUUAUAGGAGAGUCAUAUUGUCCCAUAUAUGGCCCAUAUGGGAUUGUACAGCUGUGUGAAUACAUUAUACAGAGGAGCUCUAUUUAUUAACUUCAAGUUUGCUUUUAUUUUUUAUCAUUGUGGUAUUGCUUCGCAGACGUAAGUGUCGCAAACUGUGUAAAGCAGAUGCAAAAGAAUAAUAAAAAAAAGGUUUGGAAUUUGUGGAC